AUGCCCUUACGUACCACUGUGAUCGGCAGCUACCCCAAACCAGAAGAUCUACCGAUUCCCGACUGGUUCCGGACUCAUCACGAUCAAUUCGUGCCGUCCACUUACUCCGAGUACUGCGAGAAGAUAUCAGCCGAUGAAUUGGAAGAAUUGCUGAAGAAAGCAAUCAAAGAUGUUAUAGAUGAGCAAACCGAUCUGGGUAUUGACGUCAUCACUGACGGUGAAAUGAGAAGAGAAAACUACAUCUUCUUUUUUUGUCGGCAUAUGAGAGGAUUUGAUUUCAAGAACCCUGCUAUGAAGUCUCUCCGUAAUGAUGCGUACAAAGCCUACUUGCCCCGAAUUGUUGGUAAAAUUGAACCAUGUAAUGAAGACGAUUGGGUCGCUAAAGAAUGGAGAAUGUCUCAGGAUAUGUCACGUGUCCCUGUGAAGUACACCGUACCUGGUCCAAUGACGAUCAUUGGCACAACACACAGGUGCCGCAACAUCCAGAUAGACGAGCCAGUUUUCGCAAGAAAUCCGGAUAUUGCAUUGAAGUAUGGGAUAGACCAUGCUACGAGGUGUUUUGAUGGAGUUGGGAAGGACGUAGUGAAGACAGUCCAUCUGUGCUGUGGAUACCCCACUCACUUAAAUGAAGAGAAGUACUUGAAGGCUGAUUUGCAGAGCUAUUUUCGCCUUGCAAGCAAGCUAGAUGAAGCAGGGUUUGAUCAAAUUUCCAUUGAAGAUGCGCAUAGACACAAUGACCUGAGUCUUCUUAAGCUCUUCAAGAAAUCACAAGUUGUUCUGGGAGUCGUUGCCGUAGCUAGAAGUCAUGUGGAGACUACGGAAGAGAUACGUAGUAGACUGUCUGAGGCAUUGAAGUACAUUCCCGCUGAGAGAUUACUGGUGGCGCCUGACUGUGGACUGGGGUUUCUAUCGAAGGACAUUCUUAAGAAAAAGUUACAGAAUAUGGUGAAAGCUGCCAAGUCCUUACCAUGA